AUGGACACCGCCAGAAGACUUGCCAAAAACCUACCUUUCUUGCGUCGAAGUCAAUCAUCUUCUAAUAACCCUUUUUCUCGACUUCCAAGUCGUUCGAGGCCAGCUGGUAGUACUCAGACCGCUGAAGUCAAAUCGGACUCCUGGUCGGGUGACCUUGGUUCGCCACUGUACGAUGUUGUCUUCAUCAUCGACGAAUCAGGCUCCAUUCCUCUUCAUCAGUUCAAAAAGGGCUUGAGCGCAAUAAGACUUCUUAUCGGGGAUGCGUUACUUGGCACAAAAUUCGCUGCCAUAAAGUUCUCCAGUAAGGCCCACCUUUUGUUUAACUUUGUCUCGCCAGAUCAGGCAAAGAAGAAAUUGCUGAAUGUCGGACAAAACGGGGGAAUGACUAACACCCAAGACGCUCUUAAAAUGGCUAGAAGAGAUCUUUUCCUAAAUGCGGCAGCCUCGGGGCACAGGCAAAAUGCUCACAGGAUGGCAGUGGUUGUAACAGAUGGCUUAUCAAACAUCCAACGGGAUCAGACCUUACCACAAGCAAUCCAGCUCAAAGGCAUUGGAACAAGAGUUAUGGUUAUUGCUGUAGGAAAUUACGGAGAUUCUGGACAUAAGGAAAUGAGGGGUAUAGCCAGUCACCCUCCCGGAGAAAACCUUUUCUUUGCUGGCGACUUUGAUGAUAUGUAUCAGAUCACGUAUAUGGCUAUAAAUGGCAUAUAA